CUGCAGGAACAACUGCACCGCUUCAUGGCCAUGAACGAGGACCUGCGGCACAAGGUGGCCGUGGUGCAGGCGCAGCUCAAGAGCGCGCUGGAGAAGAAGUCGGACCUGGAGGCUGCGAUGCUGCAGACCCAGAGGGAAACGAGCAGGAGGAGCAGGACCACCUCCGAGACCCAGCAGCCAAAGCCCAGCCUGGAGGAAGCACCAGAGGAGCCCCAGCACCAGGAUGGGGGCAGGAGCCCUGCUCACUGCUGCUUCUCCAAGGAAGAGCUGCAGCAGAUCCUGCAGGAGCGGAACGAGCUCAAGACCAACCUGUUCUUAGUGCAGGAGGAGCUGGCUUAUUACCAGCGGGAGCUGCUGAACGAGGACAGAGUUCCCAGCUUCUUCUUGGAUGCGAUGAAGUCGACUGUCAAAAGGCAGAGGAAGAAAAUCAGAGCCAAAAUGCUGGGAACGACGGAGGAGUCGGAGAGCAGCGAUGAGGAUGAGGGCUCCUGGCUCCCAGCCCGUGGCACGGACUGUGUGGAUGCGCAUCCUCCCGAAUCCAAAAUUAGGAGCUUCUUUGGGCUGUGGUAUCAGGACAGCAGCAAAGAUCCCCCCACAUCCAGCAGCUCCGGAGCCUGGGAAGUCAUUGACUCACUGGACAUGCAGCUGGAGCCGGAGGAAGGCAGCGAUCCAGCAGCCAGCUCCCCCGACAGAGCCACGCCACCCCUCUGA